GCCCGACCCGACGAGCCGUGGGUCCGGGUGCCAGUGGUCGCCCUCCACCAGCGCCAGACUCUGAGGCGCCCGGACUGCGGCAGCCCGGACUCCCGCGGCAAGGCACUUCCCCCAGUUACUUGGAAGUCUAGUCUGAUCUUGGUAUCUGCUUCUUGCUUCUGAACUAACACAGCGUCACCAGAAAGUCAAACAAAGGACUAAAGAGAAAACACCAAGAGCUAGGAGACAUUCCCGGAAAGAAGCUGACAAGCCGUGGGAGCUGCUCUCGCUCAUGCGAAGCCAUGGCUGGCUUCCUCAGGAAGGAAGUGUGCGGCGGCUCCUGUGUGCAGACCCCUGCUGUCAAAUCUGCAAUUCUGUGGCUCUGGAGAUUCAGCAGUUGAUAUCACGUGAGACUACGCUGACCACCACUACCUCAUCGGGGCCAUCACAGGGCUCCUCUUGCCUAGAGGUUUUGUCCAUGUCUAGACUGAAGCGACUUAGCAGCAGCAGCAGCAGCAGCAGUCUCUCUUUUGAUCAGGAGUCCCUGCCCUUCAAACAGCUUUCACUUCCAUCAGCAACCCGCACAGUGUCACAAGUAACAAAUCAGAAAUCUGUAACCCAGUCAGCUGCCAAGUCAGCCACUAAGCCAGCUACCAAGUCUGCCAGUGCAAUCAGCAUCCGCCAAUACUGGGCUGGUCACCAGCAGCUGAGGCAGGAAUGUCGAGGGUCAGAGUUGCCCUUGGACGCAGGAGCUGUGUCUUUUGUGAGCCUUGAAAAGCCUAGGAUUCCUGUGAACCAGCAUGUCAAGAAGAAGAGCAAAUCUGAAGGAUCCACUGUGGACCCUGUGCAAAUAUCACUGCAAACAAAUCCCAAACCCUGUGAUCCUGGCUCUACCCUCUUCCACAUUUCAGUUACUGUAGAAGCCGACCUGGGAAAUAAGCUGAAGCAUUUUACACACGGGAUUAACCCUGACACGAAAGGUCAAGGGCAUAAGGAAUGCAUUCUCCACUGUAAGGAUGAGAAAGCAGCCAAAACCAAGACAAAAAAGGCUGAGAAGGGUCCACCUUCCACCAAACGCCCCAUGAAUGGAGCUAAGCUGGAGAAGGAGGAGGGCUUCUUUGACGCACUCCAGUGCCUGGACAGUGAGUUCCAGCGACAGUCCGUGCAGUCUGGUCAGUCCUGUUUCCUGCCUCUCUCCAGUGGCAGCUCCAAGGGCAGUCCUCUGCUGACUCGUGCCACUCAGCCAGAAAAUCCAUCCCAUGUCUCAAUUUGCACCUCAGCAAAAGGCACUUGUCUACCCCAGGAGAGUACCCAGUCUAGGAAGAAGGAGCUCAGAGGUUCCCAGACUUCUGCAUCCUCCUGAAAAGGCUGUCAUCAUCAUUUCCAUUAAUAAUCUGGUGAGGCAGGACUCUCUCCAAAUAAACUCUGUACCUCUAAGCCAAGAACCACCUGUUCGUGCCUCCUUGUUUUCAGUGUGGUAUGUGUGUGUGGUAUGUAUACACCCAUGUAUAGGAGCUUAAACCCAUUUCACAGGUAGGUAAGCAUUCCGCCUGACUCUUCCAGCUCCACCUUGGACUGUGGAUAGAGGGACCUGAGCACAGAAGGAAGACCCGUAUUUAAGGUACACUGGAGGUAAAGACCAUGCUUGACUUCUGUCCUGGCUUCCCUGCUGACUUUGAGCCCCAGAGGAGCAAACUGUGCAUGAUGAUAGUACAAGAAGUGAUAGCUGGGAAUCCAGGGCAUUUUUGGCACAGUUUGUUGAUAACUACUAUAUAUUCCC